CACUACGUUUAUGCGCGCGCGCGCGCGUGUGUGCACACCUACAACAGCCAGCGCGGGCAGCAGCAGUAGCCGCAGCAGCCGCGGCGCUGUUGGGGCGAGUUUACGCAUUCAUUAUCGCCCCGCUCCGGAGUUCCCCGUGUCUUCCUCCUACACCACCACCACCUACUUCUCAUCUUCACCACAAUCAUCAUCAUCAUCAUCCUACUCCCCCCCCCCGCCUACACCCGACGAUAUCAAGACGAGGGGAGAGUACGCGCCUGGACAGCCGUAGCAGCAGCAGCAUGGCCGGGCAGUUGCAAGGGGUUCAGGUCCCGGACGAUUCGGCGUUCAUCUCGUUCCGUGCGCAGUGCGACUCGGACUCGGGCUGGUUGCAGUGCUACAGCCGCGGCGGGGUCACGGUGUGGUGCCAGCCCCCGGCAGAGGGCCAGUCCGUGCAGAAACUCAAGAUGCGCCUCGUGUGCAAAGACGUGCAGGCGGACACCAUGUACGACGUGCUGCACGAUGCCGCCUACCGCCACAAGUGGGACUCGAACGUCAUCCAGACGCACGACAUCGGACGUCUCACCGCCAACGCCGACGUCGGAUACUACGCCUGGAAGUGCCCGAAGCCACUGAAAAACAGAGACUUUGUCACCUUGAGGUCCUGGCUUCCCCUGGAGAACGAUUACCUCAUCAUCAACCACUCGGUCAAGCACCCGAAAUUUCCACCGAAGAAGGAUUUUGUCCGAGCGGUGUCCAUCCUCACAGGCUACCUGGUGCGGUCUCACGGAAACAACGGCUGCACCCUCAUCUACUUGACCCAGCUUGACCCCAAGGGCUCCUUGCCGAAGUGGGUGGUGAACCGGGCUUCUCAGAUGCUGGCUCCGAAGGCGAUGAAGCGGAUCCACAAGGCGUGCGUCAAGUACCCGGCGUGGAAGCGGCGCCACGAGCCGCAGCACAAGCCGUGGCUCUACCCGGAGCAGAGCAACCUCCCGUCGGUGCGGCUCGCCGAGCUGGCGCCGCAGCGCUGCGACUCGCUGGAGCACAUCGACGAGAGCGCGCUGGCGGAGGCGUGCGACGACCACGCAGAGCUCAGCGAGGACGACGACAACGCUAACUGAGCGGCGUGAGCCCAGUCCCGACGCUCUUCUCCUCUUCCCUCCUCCUCCUCCCUCCUCCCUCCUCCUCGUCGUCGUCGUCGUCGUCACCGUUCUUCCUGCUCCUCCCGCACCACGUUCCCGGCCACCAUCCGAUUCAUCUUCCCGCUGAUCCUCCUCCUCAACUCCUUCCUCCAUCAUUCCGGCCGCAGUCAUUCGACCUUCACCUGCGGUUCGUCCUCCAUCCAUCUUCCCUCUCCUCCUCCUCCUCAUCCCUCCUCCUCAUCCUUCUCCUCCACCCGCACUGACCUUCGUGGCAAGAGGCCUUUCAAGCACAGUGGAAUUGACAAAGAGCUCGACGUUACAUUACAUUUCACACACGCAGCUGAAGACGUUUAGCACACUGCACGCGCCUGAUGAUUGUUCAACACGUGCCACGCGAUAUGAAGAGUUCUGAUUCGGUAUGCGUGUACACGUGUGUGUGUGUGUCUCUCUCACUUUUGACGUCGGGUGAGGUUGGUUGAAAUUACGAUAAAGGUUAUUGUUUGUGUAUGAGAGUGUACGUGUGAAAAGUACUCUAAUACGUAAACAAGAAGGGAGCUGUGGCGCAGUGGUUAGCGCACACAGCGUGACGAACCCCGUGACCAGAGUUCGAAUCCCCCCUCACGGCCAACACCGGUGACGAUUAUCUGAACUGGUCCUGCGCCUCCCCUAGAUCAACUCGGCCUCAAAUGAGCACCUGGUGUAGCGGUGUAUAAACAUCGCCACUGCGGAGACAGAGGCAGCCGGACGUGAUGCUGGCCACCCGCACCCCUCGUGAGCUGUGCCUGCCUGCAUCGGUGUUCGCUAACAGCCCCCCUAAAGUUAUUUUAACACGUAGGCUUUCGCGACCAAUAUUAUUCAUAAUAAAGG